UCGCCUGCGCCGUCGCCGUCGUCGUCGACACCGCUGUCGUUACGUGAAAGUGAAGAGAAGAUGUCGAGCUCGCAGCGUAUGCGAAAAUCCUCGCCAUGCUCGAAGCAGGGCCCGAUGCGCGCCACCCUGCCCGUGAGCUCGCUGAUGAGACAGGGCCGGCAGAGCAGCAGCCUCCGCAAGAGCAACAGCAACAGUCCCACCGUCUCGCCGACGAACGCGGCCGUCUGGCGGGCGCGCAUCUCGCCGGAGACGUCGUCUUCCUCGGGACAGCGGAGCCCCGGAUCCCUGUCCUACAAAGCCAAAUCAAAAACAUUGAGCGGUCGUUGUAGCGAUAGCUUAAGUGGAAGUCAGAGCAUUCGACGGACAGCAUCUCUAGAUACUAUCUAUUUGAAAGGGCAAUGGCCACGUGACUCUUAUUACAUGCAUUCCAGUCUUCUGGUAGAUAAAUCCACUCAGACGGAAGAAUGUUCCAAUGAACCAAGAAAAAUGCAUACUCGUCAUCCCACGGAACAAACUGUCACUGAUGAAAAAUUGGAGAAGAAUUACUUCAGGCAUCGAUUACAACGUACAAAUAAAGAAGGUACUAGCAGUAGAGAGCGAACAGCGGCAUUCGGGCUAAUAAUGCCAGGUGGCCCACCACCCGCACUUCCUGGAGAUCAUUCAGUACUUUUGCCCAGUAUUGCUUCACAAACAUCCAUGCACAAUCAAUUUAGCUUGAGUACAAAAGCAAGUCCCAUGAAUAUCCCAGUAAAACCAAUAAGGCCUCCAAUGCGUUCAUCUAUCGAAGGACUGAAUCAGGAAAUAGAAGGACUUGUGCUCAAAAAUACAGCCAAUAACAGUGAUGCAGACCAUCCAGUAGAAGACAAGUAUGCACGAUAUCGCGAACAAAUCACACCCGAAGGACAUCGCGCCCCUCUAGCAGACUUAUUGCGGGCUACUCGGAGUGUCAACACACAAACACCGGCUACUGACCUUCCCUCCAGUUCUUAUUCUUCAGGCCCUCCAUCUAGGAAUUCUGAGUCUCCGCUGAUUCCUGGUGUUAUGGAUGCAUCCCGUCCGCCUAGCGAUCUCUUACAAGGUGGAAGCCGUGGUUCAACACCUGAACAAGAUAGAGAAGGACGUCUCGGCACUUCUCCUCACAUUAACAGGUUCCUUGCGAGGGAACCGCCCGAUGGCUGUGAGAAAGUCAACCUCAAAUUUGUGGAAGAUGCGAGGCGGCCGAUGAUAGAUUUGAGCAAACUAGACUAUUGCCCAAAGCCGUGCGUUCCAGCAUUCCAGUUGAAACCCAGCUUGGGAUCAGCGUUCCUGCCAUUGCAACAGCCGGCCAGUCCGACAAUGGUCGCCAGUGCAUCACCCUCCGCGCAUACAACACCGACCACACCUCCUCCAAAUCCAUAGUCCCACUCUUUACCUUGCGGUGUUACACUUAUAAGCUCGAUUAGUAUAUAUACAUAUAUAUAUAUAUAUUUUUUUUUAACGAUCUUGUGGGUAGAAAGUGAUUUACUUCGAGAUAAAAGCAUAUAACGACAAAGAAAAGUUACCGAACAAAAGAAAAAAAACAGCCUGUUCCCAGUGCGCCCCGUGCGAAUAUCGUGCGGGUUUGUGAAUUGUGUAAUUAAAAGGAAGUUGCAAUUGCAUCGAUAAAAAAAGAAGUAUUGGAAGACAUUUGAGCUCCGUUCUAAUGAUUGAAACAAUAAUAAAUACGAGGAACAAUAAUUUGUGAUAACUAAAAGAAAAAAAAACAAAAAGAAAAGAAACGACAAAAAGUUUAGAAAUGAACAUUGUGUUCUACAGGGAAAAAAAGACUAAUGAAAUUGUGUAUUCUAAAUUUAGUGCUAAAAUGUGCUAAACGACUUUAGUUUUGUAUAACACGACUAAAUAUUCAAGAUGAGAAAAGUAUUAAAUUUCAUUGUUGGAAUAAACAAAAUUCUACGGAUACAAAGAAGAGAGCCAUGUCCACAAUAUAUAUAUGCAUAUGCACGCAUAUGUAUAUAUACAUUGCUGAUUGUCUCUCAUGUUUAUUAGAUCUUCAUUGCUUGAAGUAACUCAAUUACAUAGUGACAGAGAUGAAUCACUUGUUAGAAUUUUGUAUCAUUUUGUAUUAUUACUUUUUUGUAUGCUAAAAAUAUUCUCAAACUAUUAUUGUACAAGGAGCUAAAAAAUAAUGUAUCCCUCUGUGUGUAUGUAUGUGUGCGCGCGCGUGUUUCUUUAUUUUACAGAAGUGGUUUUAUGAGAAUGAUUGUUUUCAACGAGCAAUCGAUUGUCGUGAAAAUUUAUUUGGAGCUACAUAUAAAUACGUUUAUGAAUCUAUUUUUGACAAAUAGAAUUAAGCAAAUUGCACAUUUUAAAACAUUAUUGAAAUUGAAUUUAAUAUUUUAGAGUAUUUCAUACUUAUUUGGAAUUGAUGUUUUAUUCUCUUCUCUUCUAUUCUAUCUUGCGACAAUACCAUAUGAUUACAAUGUUUUUAUUUAUCAUAUAAUAUUUUAUAUUAUAUUGCAAUCUGAAUAUGUACAACCAACACAAGUGACAUGUCGAUGAAUGUAUGAUAGAACGAGACAUAAGAAUGAACAUGUAUCGAGAUAGAAACGAUGAGUGAUAAUACUAAACAUUGAUUCACGACAUGUGCUUUCGCUAUGAUAUCAGAUGAGUAAAAACGGUUCCCUAAUCUGGCGCGGAAGAUAAGUGUGCCUGUUUUGUAUAGACGUGGAUGAUUAUCCUAAAAACAUAUAACCUACGUCGUAUACAAGUAUGCGUGUGUUGUAAUAUCGAAAUCCUGAUUAAGCCAUUCACACGAAUAACUUUAGAAUGGAAUCGAUACAGUUUCAGCACGUAAAUAUUUGCUCAAACGCAGUUCGACUAUCAAUUUUUAUGUUAUAUUAAAUAAUUAGCGAUUCAGGUAAAAAAAAAGGAAACUUGUUUCAAUUGUCUCGAAGACACUUAUCGCAUUGUUAAUAGAAAUUUAAAAAAAAUAAUAAAGAUUGUUACACAAAAUACAAAUACAAGAGAAAAAGAAGUUAAAAGUUAUUCGUGGGAUGGGUUAAAUUAUUAUUUAGUAUACGCAGACAUAGCCACUCAAGAAGUUCAAAUUUAUUUUUUGCUUUCUAAUACGAAACAUUUUUGCAAACGGUUUUUAUAGUUACUGUCUGUGAAAAAUAAGAAUCUUGAUAGAAUGUAAAGUCAAGAGCAGAAGGAACGGUUUUUUAAAUACGAUAGUAAUAUACUUUCUAAUGUAAUGUAUAUCUAGCUACAACAGUGAAGAAAAAGAAUGUUAACACAUAAGUACCUGGCACACUGGUCUAUGCUCUCUCUUAUCCAGCUCACUAGGAAGUUCAUGCCUUAGAAUGCGUGGUAAGGUGUGCUACAUAGACAGGAAGGUUAAUCAGAGAGUCAGGAUAUACACAAAAAAAUGCACUGGCUAGUUAAAGUGUAUACAAUACAAAGAUACUGUAGUAUUUACUAGUUUAAGAGAAUUUCGUUUGUAUUUAUUUUGCUACAGAUCUAACGACACCUCUAUCAUUAACUUUGUCGUAUAUGUAUAUCUGAGUGUGAAGCAGCUUUUAAGGGGAAAAAAAGUAUGAAGUACGUAUAUAUUCAUACAUACUUCAAUCUGUGCUUUGCACUUCAAAUGGAGAAUAAUUCCAACGUAACACGACGACAAUGUAUAAUUAAUGAAUAAAAUGAAAGAACAGG